AUGAAGUGGUCAACAUCCGUCACUCUGGCCGUCGCGCCUCUCGCCAUGGCCGCCAGCAACAGACUGCGCAACACCUACCCCGUCAGCCUCAACGCGCGGGGCGAAGCCGCGAGCGAGCUUGAAGAUCGUGGCGUGACCAUUAUCGAGGGCAACGGCGGCGGCAACGCCAACGGCGGCAAGAACCGCGGCGGCGUCAACCUCGAAUCCGGCAGCGGCGUCAUCAUCAUCUGGGCCAACCCGGGCGGCAAGGCCGAGACCACCACCAUCGCCAAGCAGGUCACCGUCACCAAGACCGUCACGGCCGGCCCCGGCGAGGCCACCGCUGUCCCCAUCGCCGGCGGCGCCACGACGACCAUCAAGGAGGGCCAGACGGCCACCGUCCCCGCCACCGGCGCCAGCCACACCGUCAAGGUCGGCGGCCCGGGCGGCCUCGUCUUCCAGCCCGACCAGCUCAGCGUUCCUGUCGGCGACUCGGUCGUCUUCGAGUUCCUCUCCCAGAACCACACCGUGACGCAGUCGCCCUUCAACACGCCCUGCAAGGCCAUGAUGGGCGGCAUGGACUCUGGCUUCCUCGCCAACCCCAACAACACCGUCUCGCCUCCCCCUCAGGUCGCUAUGCAGGUUACGGCCACCACCCCACUCUGGUUCUACUGCAAGCAAAAGGGUCACUGCGGCAAGGGCAUGGUCUUCUCCAUCAACCCCACCGCUGAAAAGACGCAAGCCAUGUUCCAGUCCAUGGCCAUCUCCCAGAACGGCACCGGCGAAGCUACCCCCAUUACCGGCGGUACCAACCAGCCCGGCGGUGCUGCCCCUGCCCCUCCCCCUCCCGCCAACGCUGAGCAGCCCAAGGCCGGCACCAGUGAGGCGCCGUCGCCUCCUGCUGGCGGUGCCGAGGGCAACACUGGCGCCACCCCAGGCAAAGGAACUGUCGGUGCCGACGGCAGCUGCACCUGCGUCGUUGCUUGCAACGCCGGCGGCUUCCCUGCUGCCGCUCAGGGCGCCGGUGCCUUUGGUGGAUUCGGUGGUGCUUUGCCCACCACCAUGGCUGCCAUGCGCUAA